ACACUAAUGAUGACUCUAUAAGACACAGUACCAGUAUCUGCAUUAGAGAGCCACUAUACCUUUGAUCCUGGCAUGGAGGACGCGACGGAGGUGCGCACGGAUGGGAACUCUCUACUCAAGGCCGUGUUCCUGAGUCGACUGCGUCUGACACGCCUGCUGCUGGAGGGAGGGGCUUACAUYAACGAGAGCAACGAGCGCGGUGAGACGCCCCUCAUGGUGGCGUGCCGGACACGCCACACGGACGCACAGAGCGUGCCCAAACACAAGAUGGUUCGGUACUUGCUGGAGAGUGGUGCUGACCCAAACAUCCAGGAUAAGGCCGGUAAGACGGCCCUGAUGCAUGCGUGUCUGGAGCAGGCCGGAGUGGACGUCCUCUCUCUGCUGCUGGGGAGUGGAGCCGACCCCAGUCUGAAUGACCACUCUGGCUCCUCAGCUUUGGUCUAUGCUGUCAAUGCAGGGGACAAGGAGGCCCUGAGAGGCCUACUGGAUGCCUGCAAGGCCAAGGGCAAGGAGGUCAUCAUCAUCACYACGGACAAGCUACCUUCGGGAUGCCAGAUGACCAAGCAGUACUUGAACGUGCCUCCACCGCCCGACCUGGAAGAGCGCAUGCACUGCACCCCUGGCUCGGCCACCUGCUGCAUGUCCCCCUCAGACAUACAGCUCCGCACCCCUCCUCAGGGCUCCCCCGGUGGUGGAAGGGGAACCACCAUCUCUGGUUCUACUGGUUCUGGUUCUUCUCAGCCGGGCUCCCCAACCAGGGACCCUAGCCUGUUACGAGGCCCCAGUCCUGGGGUGGUGAAGCUGCUCCAUGUCCAGCGGCUCCACUCGGAGCCCUGGCUGAAGAUCCCUCCAUCCCUGCUGCUGCAGCAGAGCAAGGCCUCUAGCCUAACCGAGGAGCUGCUGGACAUCACCCCAGAGGAGGAGCUCUCCUUCUGGGUCAACAGCUUGGCCUUCUCUGGGUCCGGAAGGGCAGGGCCCGGGGUACAUCCGACCCUCGCCCGUCACCAGAGCAUCGACGCCAACGAUGCCACGGGGCUGCUAAGGGCCCUGGAGCAGGUUGCUGGGAGCGAGGGAGGUGGUGGAGGACGAAGGAGAGGCCUGAGUAGGAAGAUGUCUUACGACAGCGCUGCAUCUUCUUCCCACCCCAACCUCUUGCACCGGGGGGACGGAGGAGGCUGCCCCAACUGUCCCUGUGGCGGCCAUGAACCAGUCCUCCCAGUGGACAAAACCUCCCUAGACUGCUGCCUCCCUAACCUGGCCGUGUCCAGCCUAAGGAAUGUAGUCCGCCGCCGAAACAUCGGCAUGGACCACUAUAGUUCUGACUCCCAGCUGCCCCAGUUCGGCCACAGCAGCCACCCAGAGUGUAAUGAAUCCUACAGAGGCAUAGGGGGUGGUUUAGGGGGAACUGAGAAGCGUAAGCUGGUCACCAGCCGGUCAUCCACCCUGUCAGGCUCCAGGGAGUCCCUGGAGAGCACUGCCCAGAGAAGGGGACCCGCAAACCUGGAGAGAAGAGGCUCGGGGGCCCUGCUCCUGGAUCACAUCUCCCACACCCGGCCGGGAUACCUGCCUCCUAUUAACCCCCACGCACCCAUACCCGACAUCGGGGUCAGCCCCACCUCAACCUGCCCCAGCCUGAGUGGGAGCACCAAAGCACUGAAUCUGAAUGGGGGUGUUGUAGCAGGGCCGGGGUCAAAGCCUCUCGUCCCCUGUGCACCUUCCUUCCACAGGGAUCUGAAGUUUAAGACAUUGCUGAGAAGACACUCCAUGCAGACUGAGCAGAUUAAACAGCUUGUCAACUUCGAGGAGCUCUUCAGCCACUAAGACGAACAAUGCUAGCCCGGUCCCAGGUUUGUUCGUGCCGUCUUGCGAACCCCAGGCCUAUAGUCAUUGUUACGCCUUGGCAAAACUGCACAAACAGUUUUGGGACCAGACUAGAACGCUGCAUUUUCUUUGUGUGUCUGACUACUAUGUGCCUCGCUUCCUAUAUCAAGCUCUGUUGCUGCUGUGUGACCAUAACAUUGUUAACAAAGAACUUGUGCCUUCUUACUAGAAGUGUAUUAUUGCUCCUCCCAGCUUUUUCAAUGUGCUUAAUUACACUUCCUUUGACAACCAGACUUGUAAUUCCAUCAARCUCAGGAAGGAAUAGAGGAAUUACGAUCGGCGCAACAGAACCAUCGGUAACACAACAGCUCUUCUUUGAUCAAUUGAUACAUUCAUAUCCGUUUGAAGUCUGAGAGCAGAAAUCUCGUGGUACUCCUCCUCGGGACAUCUAACAACAGACAGAGAUGCUUUUAACACAUGGAAUGAACUGGGAUGAAGGAAUCUGAGGCCUUGAAUCCUAUAAGGACAAAAUAAUUUACUCUUCAAAGGGAAGGGGGAGUGAGUCAUUCUCUGACUAAAUCAAUGACUGCGGAAAGCAAUGGAUUGGCAACACAGCACAAACACAUCUGGGACUCAGGCUAACUCCUCUGACUGUGGAAGAUCUAAGUCACUAAGGAAAAUAUUAAUAUGUGUCAGUGGGAAAAACGAAACACCAAAAMAUUUAAAUAAGACAGUCAAGAUUCUUGAACACGAGCAUUAUUUGCUGAGUAUWUAUUCAACGCUGCUGUUUUGUACACCUUUUGACGAGCUAGGUGUUGUAUUGCCUUUCACUUGUUCUGUUGUGCUCCUUCACUGCUAAUAAACUGCUUUUACGGCC